AGCUCGGUGACUAGUCAGUUGAGACAGAGACGUAUAUAUGUCUCUGGUUGAGAUGACAACAUAUGUUUGAUGAAAGCAUCGCUUUGUUUAGUCCUUUUGGAUAUUUACAUUGAUUCAGCUAGAUUCCCAUUGAGAAGCAGCUACGGUUAAUACCAUGAUGGCGGUUUGUGAACGAGUGACUGACCUGUUUCGUCAGACCACUGUGGAACCCAUUCUCUUUUUGUACAUGUUUGCUUCAUUCCUGGAGUUUCCUGUAUUACAAGACCUUAUCUACACACGUGUUUGUCUCGAGAAGUUCCCUAAUUCAUCUUAUAUAUGUGACAACCUCAGCAACAACACAAUGAAGGAGGAAGAAUAUUCUGUUCAGAAAGAGGCAUCUAGCUGGAUAAUGUACUACAACGUGGCCUACACAAUACCAGCAGUGAUUACUGUUACCCUGUUUCUUGGCCCCUGGGGAGACCGCUUGGGACGAAAAAUACCUUUGAUGCUUACCAUCAUUGGGAACUUGCUGUUGACUGCCUGUAAUCUAAUUGUGACAUCACACACAAACAUUUCUAUCAAGUAUAUCCUUAUUGGUAAAAUAAUUAACGGUGUGACCGGGGGAUAUAUAGGACUGAUGAUGUCUGUAUAUAGUUAUAUAGGUCACAUCUCCAGUGCCAGGAACAGGACCAGUAGGGUUGGUGUUGCAGAGGGUAUGAUCUUCCUGUCAGGAACAGCUGGAGUACUCAUCUCUGGAAUACUGGUGGACAAGACAAGUUUUAACUUUGUGUUUUCUUUCAUUUGUGUGAUUCAAUUUCUGGCUUUAUUGUAUACUGUGUUUAUGUUGGAGAAUCUCAAACCAUCACAGGAGCAGACAGAUACAUCAGUUUGGUUAUAUACAAGACUUUUCUUCAGAGACUCGUGGCUUUGUGUUUCCAGGCGACGUCCAUGCAGUGUUCUUAUUUACCUGACUAUGGAGAUAUUGGUUCUUGUGAUUCUCAUGAUCUGCACAUCAGGAGAAAAUGACAUUCUUCUCCUGUAUACAAAACUACCCCAGUUUGACUGGUCACAGACAACGUAUGGGUUUUUCAAAGCUGGGGAGAGUUUUGGUCGUGGUCUAGCUGUCAUUAUCCUACUCCCAUUGCUGCGAUACAUGUUCCACACAAGGGAUACUAUCUUAAUUCUUAUGGGAUUGGUCUCCAAAGCAAGCGGAUUAAUCCUUCUGAGUCUGGCUUCACAGUCCUGGCAGAUAUAUCUAGUUCCUGUGCUGAAUGUGCUGCAAGGCUUUCCAUCAGCUGGACUUAGGUCCUUAAUGUCGGGACUGGUCGACACAAGCGAACAAGGCCGCCUGUUUGGACUGGUCGCAAGUGCUGAGAGUGUGGCCAGCCUAGUUGCCACUAUCCUUUUCAAUAAUUUUUACUCUAUCACAGUGGAACUGUAUCAUGGGUCUUCAUUCUUGCUUGCCUCUGGACUUGUGGGGAUCGCUUUUAUCAUCAUCAUGUGUCUGCACUGCUGUCUUGAUCCAAAUGACAGAUAUCUGGGGGACAACUAUGGCACAUUCCAGGAACAAGAUGAAUCUGGGAGUACAGAAGAACCACAGCAGAUCCAGAACACCUAAGAGGCUGUACUUUAACACCAUCCACAUCAAGUCUUAGCCAGUCUUCUUUACAUGCAUAUUCAUAUAUAUUUUUAUUAUGGGUGUUUUUUUUCUUCACACUGAACUUUGUUGCUGUAACAAUCUGUUUCCACAUCUCAUUCCGUAAAUUUCUUUAGAUUUGGGUAUUUUCUUUAAGUUUCAGUUCACCUAUUUCUCCAUCUAACAUUUAAUAAAACAUCAGUUGGUGACCUUUGAUUCUUGACAUCAUUCCGCAUCAUGUCCAAACAAAAUGUUAACCAUUUUUUCCAAAGUGUGACUUUGACUCCAUUUUAUCAAGUAAAUACUAUGUUAAAGAUACAUGUAGAUCAUUAAUUUUGACUUUAAAACACUGAAAUCAUAUUUUGAUCACUCACUUUGUUUUGUUAGAUACAUGACCUUGAUCUCAAAUUGUGUAAACCGUGACAUUUGAUGGGACCUUUGUGUACACGUGCUGCACAUCUUUUUCGGGUCAGUACGUGACAUUUGAUGGGACCUUUGUGUACACGUGCUGCACAUCUUUUUCGGGUCAGUACACCAAGAUCUAAAUUACAUUUAAGUUUAUAUUUUCAUCACUCUGUGAUGCUUCUCUGGGCAUCAACUUCUCAAUGAAGGUAGAUCUAUGAAAUUCCAUUGGAUAUAUGUCAAGGCAGCAUGUUACAUACCAUGUAAAUAUCAACAAUGUUGAACUAGCCUUUUUACAAGCUGCAUGCUCACCUUUUGCUUUCCAUGUAUCUGAAAACUUG